AUGAGUACCCACCUGGCCCUGCCACCCUACCCGCCCUACCCCGGUGCAGUGAGGUAUGGGGACUAUUACUGGCCUUCUCCAGGCAGCAUGGACAGCGUGUCGGCAGAGGACGUCCCCGCAGCAGAUGCCCUUCUCUUCCCUGCGGCAGAGAAGAUCUCUCGCCACCCAGCUGUCUCUCCAGCAUCUUCCAGCUCUGGGACCCUCAUUCAGUACACUCCAGAUUCUGCCACAAGCCCCACCACAGAAGACCCAUCUCCCCAUCCUGCUUCCCAGAAGAUCAAGGAGGAAGGUGAAGGUGGGGUGAAGAAGGCAAAGAGCCGUACGGCAUUCUCCCAGGAACAGCUGCAAACCCUGCACCAGCGGUUCCAGAGCCAGAAGUACCUCAGCCCCCAGCAGAUCCGGGAGCUGGGCUCAGCCCUUGGGCUUACUUACAAGCAGGUGAAAACAUGGUUUCAGAAUCAACGGAUGAAGUUUAAGCGUUGCCAGAAGGAGAGUCAAUGGAUGGAAAAAGGAACAUAUCAACCACAAAAUGGGUUUCACCAGGCUGCAUACCUGGAUAUGACCCCUACAUUUCAUCAGAGCUUCCCUGUUGGUGCCAGCAGAAACAUUCAGGCUGUGAACAAUGUUCACCAGGCUUACAGCAGUGGCCAGACAUAUGGGAACGGGCAGAGCCUGUACCCAUUCAUGGCUGUGGAGGAUGAUGGGUACUUUGGAAAAGGUGGGACAAGCUGCAGUACCCAGCAAGCCAUGGGUUUAUUAAGCCAGCAGAUGAACUUUUAUCAUGGCUACCCUACCAAUGUGGAUUAUGCCAGCCUGGAGUCAGAUGAGACCUACAGCUUCCAGAACACCUCUGACAGCAUCACACAGUUCUCAGGCUCUCCUGUACGGCAUCAGUACCAGGCCCCUUGGCAUCCCUUGGGGACUCAGAAUGGUUAUGAGUCUUAG